CUGCCUUCAAGAACGCGAAACAGUCGGUGGGAAGCAGCAGCCUCGCUCAGUACGCGUCUGGACGUGGUGCAGGCCGGGUUACUUAGCCUCAUUGUUCCUCUCACCAUCCACUACUCUACAUACAUUGGUGUAUAACAGAACAGAUGUCGCCGCUGUCUGGGAUGGAUCAGAGCGAGAGUGAUGGCGGGUGUGAGGUGUGUGUAGUCCGUCCAUCACUCAACAUUACCCAGCGGGCCUCCAAGUACCACUAUUGUCCACCACCUGACCCAGGUCUACUGGAAAGUAUCCAAAACAAGGCUAAGAAAUCGUGUUCGUGUUCCGGGAGAUGUAUUAAGUCAGCGGUGACGGCCAGAGUGCCCAUCUUGUCAUGGCUGCCAAGUUAUGACUUCCGCGCCUCUCUGCUCGGCGAUGUGUUGUCGGGCAUUACCGUAGCCAUUAUGCAUAUACCACAAGGAAUGGCUUUUGCUCUGCUGGGCGGGCUUCCUCCCAUCACCGGGAUAUAUAUGGCUUUUUUCCCUAUACUCAUCUACGCACUACUGGCUUCCUCGCGUCACUGUUCCAUGGGUUCAUUUGCCGUGGUGUGCCUAAUGACGGGCAAAGUUGUAGGGGAACUGGCUACAAUACCGGAUACAUCAUCCCCUCUGUUUGGCAAUACAACAGACAGUCUACUGACCAACAGCACCAAGACAUACACACCUGUACAAGUGGCGGCAGUUGUGGCGCUCAUGAAUGGUAUAGUGGAGAUCGUGCUGGGCCUGCUGCAGGUGGGAAAUCUAUGUGUUUACCUCUCUGACAUGCUGGUGUCUGGCUUCACCACGGGGGCCGCCUUCCACGUGCUCACUUCACAGAUUAAAUACCUUCUUGGUAUACAUGUCAACACAUACAACGGCCCCUUGAAAAUCAUAUACACAUAUAAAGAAAUCUUCAGCCAAGUAUUAAAUGCUAACCCUGCUGAUACGAUUAUUGCUGCAAUCACCAUAACAGUUUUGGCCGUCAACGCUGAAGUUUUAAAGCCCUGGAUUCGUACCAAAACGAAAAUUCCCAUUCCCAUCGAACUCAUUGUUGUGAGCAUUGGGACACUGGUAUCAUACUUGGCCAACCUUCACAACGUAUACAACGUAAGAAUUGUCGGUGAAAUUCCCACAGGGUUACCUGAGCCUACGCUUCCACCUUUCGAGCUGAUGCCUGCAGUGGCUGUUGACUCCAUUAUCAUCAGUAUUGUAGCCUACACUGUCUCUUUCUCUAUGGCCAGGAUAUUUGCCAAACGUCACAACUAUAAUAUUGAUGCAAAUCAAGAACUUUAUGCUUUGGGCGCGAGCAAUGUGUUUGGCUCGUUCUUUAGCUGUGCUCCCAUUGCUGUGUCGCUGGCUCGGUCCCUGAUCCAAGAAGCUGCCGGAGGAGUGACACAGCUCACGUCUUUCGUCUGUUGCUUCAUCCUCCUCUUUGUCCUACUGUUUAUUGGUCCGGUGUUUGAAACUCUACCAAAUAGUGUACUCUCAUCAAUCAUCGUCGUGGCACUAAAAGGAAUGUUCAUGCAAGUGAAGGACUUGAGGCGGGUGUGGGCUGUGUCCCGGGCCGAUGCUCUCAUAUGGCUUGCAUCAUUCCUCGGUGUGGUGAUCAUAGACAUUGAUUACGGCCUCUUGCUGGGCAUCGUAGUGUCGCUGCUGGUGCUUCUGGGCCGAUCUCAACAACCCAAAACUGCCCGGCUUGGCCGCGUUCCAAAUACUGAUGUGUAUUUGGAUGUCAACAAAUAUUCUGUGACAGUAGAGACACCAACAGUGAGCAUAUUCCAGUUUAAUGGACCUUUACACUUUGCAAACAGUGAAUACUUCCGUCAGCAACUGAUGUCAGUCACAGGUCUGGUACCAUCCGCCAUCUCUGCUACCAAGACUUUAUCCGAAAAAGAACAGCAGCUUGAAGCAGAUCUCACCACACAACUAACUAGGCAGGUGCAGUGGCUUGUGAUAGAGAUGAGUGGAGUGAGUUACACUGACUCUACUGGUGGGAACCUUCUCUCUCAGCUGAGCAAGGAGUACAAGCAAGCAGGAAUUACCCUGUGUCUGGCUGCUCUCUCAGAGAGUGCACUUGAGACCCUGGAAGUGUGUGGGACUCUCAAAGUCAUUCCUCCCGAGUACAUCUUCCACUCCGCCCAUGAUGCUGUGGUGAUGCUCACACGGUCUGACUCAUCUGCUACUGCUGAUAAUGCUUGCACUAAAUUAUAGUACCUCACUAAAUUAUACUUCCUCACGAAAUUAUACUUCCUCACUAAAU